AGACGGACCCUUCAGUCGGCCCUCUGGAGUGCGUGGCUACAACAUUACCAGGGAAAAUAAGCGGCCUCUCUCCCCUCCACCACCAUCCGAUUAGUUGCAAGUGCCAACAAAGAACCCAGCUAAUUUCCAAACAGUGGUUUCCCUUUCUAUGUACUUUUCCUUCUCUCUCUUUCUCAUCACCCCUUUCAGUUUCCCUCUUGCUGCAUUCCAUGGUAUAGCCACAAGAUUCCUGGAAUCCAGAUGGUAUUGAGAUAGCAUUUUGCUUUGUGGGUGCGCCUCAAGUUCCUUGUUGCUUUCUCAGUGUCUCUGUUGCUUAUGUUGGGCCAAGUAUGGAAUUCCUGAUUGUUCUGGCUUAGAGUGUCCCGAGGGAACCCCUUCUGACUGAAUUCCUCAAGGCCCCUCGGUGACUUAAAAGGAGCUCUUUUUCCAAGUGUAGUUCUUGGGGGACGUUAAAUUUCCUAACUUUCUGAAUUUGGAAAAGGGCAAGAAAAAAGAAAAAAAAGGCUGCAAUCUUUGUGCCACUGCUAUGUCAUCGCCCGUUACUUUCCGGGUGUCGCCUUAUUUGGCGUUGAAUGCGCAGUUUUGGCCUCGGUGUAGAGUGCAAGCGAGCAGUUCAGUUGGUGGUGACUCAAAUGUGUCAUCAUCUCCUGAAUUGGUUGUGUUGAAUGGAGCUCCUCCUGUUGAGGAGACCGAGAAAGUUGGUCCUUUGACUGGAGGAAAUGGAUAUGCAGUUUCGAAGAUUGAGGUGGUAGAGAAGAAGAAGAAGGUGGAGAAAGAAGCAAAGGUAAGCUUGGAGGUGUUGUGGGAUGAUGCGUAUGGAACUAAGAGUGUGAAGGAUUAUCUUGACUGCUCGAGGGAUAUGAUUAGGCCUGACGGAGGUCCGCCCCGUUGGUUUUGCCCUGUUGAGUGUGGGCAGCCUUUGAAUGAUUGUCCGGUUCUUUUGUUUUUGCCUGGACUUGAUGGCACUGGAUUGGGCCUCAUCUUGCACCAUAAAGCACUGGGGAGGGCUUUUGAGGUUCGGUGCUUGCAUAUCCCUGUUUAUGAUCGGACUCCAUUUGAAGGUCUGGUGAAAUUCAUUGAGAAAACCAUCAAAGCAGAGCAUGCCGCAUCUCCACAUAAGCCUAUUUAUCUUGUUGGGGAUUCCUUUGGAGGAUGCUUGGCACUUGCUGUGGCUGCUCGUAAUCCUACCAUCGACCUGGUAGUCUUAUUAGUGAAUCCAGCUACGUCAUUUGGCCGUUCACAGCUGCAGCCACUGUUACCUUUACUGGAAGCUAUGCCCGAUGGACUCCAUUUCACGGUCCCCUAUCUUCUAAGCUUUGUUAUGGGUGACCCAGUGAAGAUGGCAACAAUCAAUAUUGAUAAUAUGCUUCCCCUGAGAGUGGCACUUGAACAAUUGUCUGUCAACCUCACUUCUUUGCUGCCUCGUCUGUCAGGUUUGGCUGAUAUUGUACCCAGGGAAACUCUUCUUUGGAAACUGAAGUUGCUUAAAUCGGCUGCCUCUUAUGCUAAUUCUCGUCUUCAUGCUGUCAAAGCCGAAGUGCUACUCCUUGUCAGUGGCAAGGAUAACAUGCUUCCUAGUCAUGAUGAAGCCCAAAGGCUUACAAACUCAUUGAAGAACUGCAGAGUUUGUUACUUCAAAGACAAUGGACAUACACUUCUACUGGAAGAUGGUAUUAAUUUGCUGACCGUCAUCAAAGGUACCCACACAUAUCGUCGAACAAGGAGGCAUGAUUACAUCUUGGAUUUCCUGCCUCCUAGUAUGUCAGAAUACAAACUAGCAUUCCAUCAAAUAGUUGGACUAUUUCGCAAUGCAUCUAGUUCGGUGUUAUUCUCAACUUUGGAAGAUGGGAAGAUAGUGAGAGGUCUUUCAGGGGUUCCUUCUGAAGGACCGGUUUUGUUAGUCGGUUAUCACAUGUUGAUGGGACUUGAGGUGUUUUCACUUGUUGAAGAAUUCUUGAGAGAGAAGAACAUCAUGGUGCGUGGGAUGGCUCAUCCGAUGUUGUUCUCUGAAAAAAUAGAAAAUCUAUCUUCUGAAUUUGAUCUAAUUAAUUGGAUAAAAGUAUUGGGAGCAGUUCCUGUAACCGGAAGCAACCUCUUUAAAUUGUUUUCAACCAAAUCUCAUGUUCUACUUUAUCCUGGCGGUGCACGCGAGGCUUCCCAUAAUAAGGGUGGAGAAUACAAGCUGUUAUGGCCAGACCAACCAGAAUUUGUGAGAAUGGCUGCACGGUUUGGCGCCACAAUAGUACCAUUUGGAACCGUCGGAGAGGAUGACAUUGCAGAAUUGGUACUUGACUACAAUGAUCUGAUGAAGAUUCCAUUUGUCAAUGACUACCUCAGAGAAGCUAGUCGCGACGCCAUACGAGUGAGGGAGGGUAUGAGUGGAGAGGGCGCAAAUGAAACACUUUUUAUGCCAGGGAUUUUGCCAAGGAUACCUGGCCGCUUCUACUAUCUGUUUGGGAAGCCCAUAGAGACAAGGGGGAGAUAUGAAGCACUGAAGGACAGAGAAAACGCAAACGAGCUGUACUUGCAGGUGAAAUCCAGAGUCGAAAGCUGCAUCGCGUAUUUGCUCAAGAAGCGAGAGGAGGACCCGUAUCGAAGUAUACUUGAUAGAUCCGUACAUAGAGCAUUACAUUCUCCUUUACACGAAAUUCCGGCAUUUGAGCCCUAAUAAUGGGUGGUGGUUGUCCCAAUAGUUUUUGGCCUUAUGUUUUUCAUUUACAGUUGACAUAGACAUUUGUAAACACGAUAUUUGACUUCCAAUGUUGGAAAAUGAAAUAUCUUCUUUUGUGGGUA